GUGUGUUCAUAACUAUUAGACCACACCCAGACAGCCAGGACACGUGUUCCAAGUGUAAAAGAGAUGGUAAAGAAAAAAAGACAGAGCAAACGUCUACCGGCAGCUAAACGUUACAAGAUUGAGAGAAAAGUUAAAGAGCAUCGUCGCAAGAUGAAGAAAGAGGCUAAAAGCAAGAGCAAGAAAUCUUCUAAAAAGAAAAAGGAUUCUGGUAUACCCAAUCUUUAUCCAUACAAGGAAAAGCUGUUGAAGGAAAUUCAAGAUAAAAAGGAGAGGGAACAAGAAAUACGCCAGAGGCAGAAGGAGCAACGUCAGCAAGAGCAUCAAAAGAAACGUAAUCUUCAAUUAUUUCAGGAUGACGUGACUCAAAGAACUAGGGAGUAUGAAGAGAAGGUCAGUAUAAUCCCCCUCCAUUUAACAUAGGGUAGAGA